AUGCCGCCAGCCCACCAUGCGAUGCCUCCUUCUCGCAGAGGUGGUGGACCGUCGAGGAUCCAUGCGCAUCCAGCAUCAGGAUACCUUCAGUUGGGCCUCUCAAGACGCUCUUUGUCAAGCAGAAAGCCGCACAGACCUCAUGACCCCCAUGUCUCGGAUUCAAUCGGAUCCUCCGCACAGCGCAGCAUAUCGGCGAAUCACCAGGAUAGGUCACAAUGGGUUAUUCUGAACCCACCAUCUUGCGCAUGCAGCGGCUUUCUGGCCAUGAUCGCGAUAUGGGCCAAGGCCUCGGACGUGGCUCAGUUCCCUUGGCUAAGGGUACUACAGCCAGUGCCUCCUGUUGGCGCCUCCACUUCAGCAUGUUAUACUGCAGAUGUAGGUGAAUUGGCGUGGACGAGGAGGAAGUCCUACUGGACAUCUGAACGUCUUGGCCAAAGCAAAAUCCACCAAGGGGGUGGACAGAGUUUGGCGCUGCUGCAAGUCCGUUCUUGCAUGCAGCAUGGAGGGAAACCAUCUCCUAAACCGGAGGAGCUAUGUGGCUGUCAGAUGGAUAUAAAAGACCCUCCAGAUUCCCGUCGUCUUCGAUCAGAAGAAAGUUCUCUUUCAUAA